CAAAAAGUUUAAAAUUAUUUGUUAAUAGUAAAACAAAAAGUGCAAUAGUAAAUCGUAAUUCGCCAGCCAAACACUUGUUUACUACUCUUUAACGCUUUUAGCACCCAAAACUCGCACACAUAAACCACCAAAAAUCCAUCAAAUAAAAAAAAAUAUCCCAAAUUAUCCUCGUAAAUCCUCCAUCAAAAUUAUGGUCAGCGCCAAGGUCAACGGGAAUUCGCAGCAGCAGCAUCACCAACAUAAUCGUCCAGCUCAUCUUAACGGCGGCAGCAAUUUGAAAGCCAAUAACAACAACAUGUUUUUCCGUGGAAAUCAGAACCGUAAUCGCUACAGCGGUGGCGGAGGUGGUGGUGGCGGCGGUGGUGGAGGUGGCAACAACAACUAUGGCGGACCCAAUCCCAAUCGCAUGGGCGGCAUGAAUGUAUCACCCUGGGAAUCCCAGAAUCCAGGCGGUGGACAAUUUGGCAAUAAUAUGCGUCAAGGCGGCGGACAAAUGAAUGCCCAGGCCAUCAAUUUGGCCAACAAUCUGUUGAAUAAUCUAUUCAGAAAUCAAAAUCCACCAUCUCUAUUGGAUUUGCCACGAGGCGGCGGUGGCAUGGGAAAUCGUAAUCAACGCGGUGGACCGAUGAUCAGUCGCGGUGGCGGUGGCGGCAAUCGUCUCAAUAAUCGUCGUGGCGGCCAAGGAGGUUUCCAAAAUCGUGGCGCCACUGGUCCAAAGCCCCCGCAAAAGCAGGGCGGCGGCGGUAUUCGCAAGCAAAAUGCUUUUGAUCGUGCCAAGAAACUUUUGGCUAAAAAUGCCAACCAAAAUAAAAAGAAGGAACCUACUCCUGGCGAAAAGAAAAUCGAGAGCGUCACCAAGGAAUCGCCGUACGCUAGUGUGCCGAAUGACAUGUUCUAUUGCCAUUUGUGUAAGAAGCACAUGUGGGAUGCCAAUUCAUUUGAGAACCACAUCAAGGGACGCACCCAUUUGAUGAUGCGUGAGGGCAUUGAGGAGAGCUAUCGCCUGAAGGCCAAUAUGAUACGUCAGGAGGCCAAAAUUGCGGAGCAACUCAAAUCGAUUGAGUUCGAUCGCCUGAAGCGGAUGGGCAAGAGCAAGCAACGUCAAUUGGAUUAUUGCACCAUGUGCGAUCUGAAUUUCCAUGGUCAUAUAUCAACGCAUCGCAAAUCGGAGGGACAUUUGCAGUUGAAGAGAUUCUUGCAUCCAAAGUGUGUGGAAUGCAACAAGGAGUUUGCCACACGCAUCGAUUAUGAUACUCAUUUGCUGUCCGCCGAGCACUUGAAGAAGGCCGCCGAAUGCAAUACCAAGGUGGGCGAACGCAAACGUCAAACUCUGUAUAUUACCAAUGCCGAGGAGGAGACACGUGAUUUGCGUCCACCCCAGAAGCGCAAGAAGAAGCCCGUGAAGAAGGAGGGCGAAGGAGCUGAUGGCGAUGUCAAGAAGGAGGGUGGAGCCGAUGGUGAAGCCGCCGAGGGUGAGGAGGCCGAAGGUGAGGAGGCCAAAGAAGGUGAAGAGGGCGCCGAUGGAGAGGCCAAGGAGGGCGAUGAUCUCAAUGAGAGCCAAGAGGAGGAGGAAGUCGCUCUGCCUGUCGAUCCCGAGGAUUGCAUUCUCGACUUUGCCGAUGGUGAUGAAAUUCCCAGCGAAGUGGACACUCGUCUGCCCAAAUACAAUUGGCAGCGUCCAGUCGGAGCUGGCCUCAUCUCCAAAUUGGAGUGCUACGAAUGCUCCGUGUGCAGCAAAUUCUUUGACACUGAGAUUACCGCCGAAAUUCAUUCACGCACAGCCACUCAUCACCGCAACUUCUUGAAGUUCAUCAACGAAAAGUCCAGCGACACGAAAAUUGCCCAGAAGCGUGCUGCAGCUGCCAUUGAGGAAAAUGAGCGCAAGAAGCGCAAGGUUGAGGAGGCGGAAGAAGCUUCCGCGUCGGAGGGUGCUGCUGCUGGCGGCGGUGAUGAAUCUACCGAUGCUGCUGGCAAGGAUAAUGCCGAAGAUGGCGACGGUUCCGCCUUGUACGAUCCCACUGAGGGCGAAGCGGAUGGACAGAUUUAUGAUCCCUCCGAGGCUACGGGCGAUGAUGAUGAUGUCGUUUUGGUCGAGGAUGGAGCCGAAGAUGAUGGCGAAGACCAAGGUGACGAGGAGGAUGGCAAUGCCGAUGAUAAUGCCGAUGAAGAAAUGGAUGCCCAAGACGAUGAAGCUGAAGCAGAACCCGAACCUGAACCAGCACCAGCUCCAACUCCGGCACCAGUGGCUGCUCCGGCUCCUGCUCCUGCCGCCGCUACGCCAGCCAAGGCGGAAGCCACCAAGACACCAGCCAAGGCGGCAGCAUCACCAGCAUCAGUGCCAGCCACGCCCACUAAGGCAGCUGCUGCACCAGCCACACCAGUCGCAGAAGUAACUCCAUCACCGGCCAAGAAACCAGCGCUAACUCGCGCUUCCUCAGCCAAGGCACCGCCCCAACGUCAACGCACCCGCGGUCGCUACAAUCGCUACUAAAAGGCAAGACACGUCCACGUCUAACUCUCUCUCGUAAUAAAACAUAAUUAUAAUAAUCAUAAAAUCUAACUAUAAACAGAAACAGAAAAUCGAUGUAGACAACAACAAACAAGCGCAUAUAUACCUAUAUAUAUAUACCUAUAUAUAAUUUCUGAAGAACUCCCAAAACUGAACCCCAACCAGAUAUCCUUUCCCUCAGCCAACAAACGUGACAAAAAAAAUGAAAGAAACUUAAAUUUUACGCAAAGAUAUAAAAAUGAAUGUCUAUUUUAUUUUAAACUCUUUUUUAAUUUGUUUUGCUUUGAAAUUGAAAAAACCUUUUCCUUCUAUCUACUCCUCUGAUGAUGAUGAUGAUUGAAUCUUGAUCUUCCCUUCACCAUCUUCUUAUUAUCCUUCUUAAAGUAAACAUUACACAAAUGCAAAGCAAAAUGCAAAAACCAUUCAAAUUACAAAUGUAAUUAUUUAAAUUUUAAAGUAAAAAAACGAAAACACAACACAAAAAAAAGUGAAAAUAAAACAACAAAUUAGUAAUAAAAAUAAAA